AUGAACGUUACCAAGUGUCUAGUGAUUUACUCUGCUAUCGGAGUUUUGAUGACGAAUCUCAUUAAUGGCUUCAAGUGUCCAGAUGAAGACGUUUUAGUGGACGUAUCGAAACGAAAGAAGGACGUAGUGACCAACAUCGAUGCUCUGACGGCUUUGUCAAACCCGCGGUAUUCUCCUUCCGGAUAUUCUUCUCAAUCACUGUAUUCGCGCUGCCGAUAUCCGACAUAUGUGGCUUUCCUACCACCGGUAAAAUAUGUAUUCUUAAUUAAAAAUAAAUUUUAAUU